AUAAGAUAGAAAAUUUAUCUGCAGUGGUGGAGCAAUUAAUAAUCCUAGAGGAAACCUAUUGAACAGGCAUACAGACACCAAAAUGAAUACCCGGAGGACUGCACUCUUGCUUAUCUCCCUGUGGGCUCUAUCCUGUGCCCGUCCUGUAUCCAGACACCAGGGUACACACCACAGGAGCUCUGAAGAACGCUGGGCAAAUGGAGACAGCUUGAAUGAUUCAACAGAUGUUAGUGAUGAAGACAGAGGGAGCAGGCUAAGUGUAAGUGCAGAAAGCAGAAGAAAAGAUGUUGAUGCCAGUGAACAUGACACAAUCAGCCACGAGAGCAGUGAAGGGAACAGUUUGGCCAGAAAAGUAUCCAGCGAUAGCCUUGAGAGCAUCUCAGAAGAUGACCAUGAAUGGAGCACUCGGGACAAUGAGGACAGCAGACAUUUCAGACCCCACCUAGCAGUUCAUAGGAAAUGGGCUGAUGACGAGGAUUCCCACGACCAUUCUGACCUGAAAGAAAUGAAUGGAGGCAGUUCUGAUGAUCAGUCGGCUGACAGAAUGUCUAUGGAGGAUCAAACUGAGAUUCAUGAAGACCACUUUUACAGUGAUAUCCCAAAAUCCAAAGAACAUUUUGAUGUUGAAAAUGAUGGUAUGCUUUAUACCCCCGAUCAAGUCUCAUAUACAUUCAUGGGGAAAGGAGGAAGUGAACUGGCAAAUGAUGAAGAUAUCAGUGGUGACGACUCUUUGGAUGCACAUAAUGGGGAAGAUCCAGGGCACACUGUGCCUCCAAGUAAAGGAGAUGAUCAGCAACCUCCAGUGACCAAUGGAGAACAAGACGGUGACAAUGCUGUUGGUCGGCACCAUGAUAGCAGCAGCAGCAGCAGCAGCAGCCGCAGCAGCAGCAGCAGCAGUGAGAGCAGAAACCUUGAUCAAGAAGACAAUCACAUUAUUAAUUAUGGCAAAAGACAUGAAGGCGAUAGUUACAGUAGCAGCCAAGAAGACAGAUAUGAUUUCAGUGACGAAGGGAUGCAAGGAGAUGAUCCGAGAAUCUUUGAGAACCAUGACAGUGAUUCUCACAUGCUCCAGGGAGUUGUCCAUUCAAAAGAAAGCAGCCAGCAAAUCAGCAGAGAAAAAACAGUGGGACAUUUUGCCAGGAAGGUAUAUCAUUAUGUUGAUGAUGAUUCCGAAGAAGAUCACAGUCCUGAACACGAGGAGAGCAAAUCCCUGCAAGAGGAUGAUGUUGAUUCUAAAGAAAACAGCCAAUCUGUAGAAGACCUUAGUCAAUCAACAGAAAAUGUUCCUAGUAGAUCCAGGGAAGACACAACCAGUCAUUCCAGAGAGGCAGUAGAACGGUCAUCCAGAGGGCAUAGUCACAGCCGAUCUAGAGAGAACUCUGACAGCCAGUCCAGAGAAGAUAAGCACAGCCAUUCCAGAGAAGAUAAGCACAGUCGGUCUAGAGAAGAUAAACACAGCCAUUCCAGAGAAGAUAAGCACAGCCAUUCCAGAGAAGAUAAGCACAGCCAUUCCAGAGAAGAUAAGCACAGCCAUUCCAGAGAAGAUAAGCACAGCCGGUCCAGAGAAGAUAAGCACAGCCGAUCCAAGGAAGAUGAUGUACACAGCCGCUCCAGGGAAGAUGAUGUACACAGCCGGUCCAGGGAAGACGAUUUGCACAGUGACUCCACAGAAGAUGAUGUACACAGCCAAUCCAGGGAAGAUGUUCACAGUCAGUCCAGAGAACGCUUGGCUAGUCAGUCUAGAGAGGAUGAUGACACAGUAUCUGUAGAAGAUACAAAGAGUGAAUCUACUGAAGAUAGCAGGGGCUCCCAUGAAAAAGCUGUGAAAAAGUCUAAAGAGUUAGGUGAGAAAUCAGAUGAGCGGAGUGCAAGCCAAUCCAAAGAGCAGGAUAGUGACUCUACUGAAAUGGUAGUAAAUGUAACACCAAGGGGCAGUGGAUCCAGAGAGGUUAAGAGACAGCAUAGCAGAUCAAGUGAGAAGAGCACAUCUACAGAAGAAAGUGAAGAAUCAGCUGAGGACACGAAUGAGUCCAUCCAGGAUGAUAGCAGGUUGUCUCACAGCACAUCAUCCGACAGUAGCAGAUCGUCCCAGGAAAGUGCUAGUAGCGAAGGCAGUGAUUCAAAUGCAAGUGAUCUUAAGUCUGAACAAAGCGAAUCAGCAGAAACUAGUGAAUCCACAGAUGCCUGCUUCCUUUCUUCUUCUUCUUCUUCUUCUUCUUCUUCUUCUUCUUCUUCUUCUUCUUCUUCUUCUUCUUCUUCUUCUUCUUCUUCUUCUUCUUCUUCUUCUCCUUCUUCUCCUCCUUCUCCUCCUCCUCCUCCCUCCAACUCAAACGGAUACCCUGAUUCCAGCAGCUCCAGUGAUCCUAGCAGUUCCAGUGACUCUAGUGAUUCCAGUAGCUCCAGUGACUCUAGUGAUUCCAGUGUCUCCAAUGACUCUAGUGAUUCUAGCAGUUCCAGUGAUUCUAGCAGUUCUAGUGACUCCAGUGAUUCUAGUGACUCCAGUAGUUCCAAUGACUCUAGUGACUCUAGUGAUUCUUCUCAGUCCAGCAGCUCCAGUGAUUCUUCUCAGUCCAGCAGUUCCAGUGAUUCUUCUCAGUCUAAUAGCUCUAGUAGCUCCAGUGAUUCCAGUGACUCAAGUGAUUCUUCUGAGUCCAGCAGCUCCAGUGAUUCCAGUGACUCAAGUGAUUCUUCUGAGUCCAGCAGCUCCAGUGAUUCCAGCGAUUCUUCUGAGUCCAGCAGCUCCAGUGAUUCCAGUGACUCAAGUGAUUCUUCUGAGUCCAGCAGCUCCAGUGAUUCCAGCGAUUCUUCUGAGUCCAGCAGCUCCAGUGAUUCCAGCGAUUCUUCUGAGUCCAGCAGCUCCAGUGAUUCCAGUGAUUCCAGUGACUCAAGUGAUUCUUCAGAGCCCAGCAGCUCCAGUGAUUCCAGCAAUUCUUCUGAGUCCAGCAGCUCCAGUGAUUCCAGUGACUCAAGUGAAACUUCUGAGUCCAGCAGCUCUAGUGACUCAAGUGAUUCCAGUGAUUCCAAUAGUCAAAGCGAUGCCAGCAGCUCCAGUGCUACUAGUGACUCCAAUAGUUCUAAUGACAAUAGCAGCUCCAGUGACUCCAGUCACUCAUAA